UCAAGAAAGACAUAACCUAUGCAGAUAGUGACGGUACCCAGGAGAAAAAUCUCAUAAGAAAUACAGUGAAAUAUAAUGUUUUCAAUUCCAAGACUAACACGAAUCAGUUCAAGAAGAAUAUUUCUUCUUAAAGGAAGAGUGCCGGUGAAAAAUAUUCCUUCAGCUCUACAACAAAUUCACGUACCGGCAUAUAAUAUAUCUCCACGUACAUUCAGUACUGAAACUGUGAAAAAACAGGAUGAACCACCAGCAGGUGAAGCAACAAAACAUGAAUUCCAAGCGGAAACCAAAAUGCUUUUAGACAUAGUAGCUAAAUCAUUGUAUUCCGAAAAAGAAGUAUUCAUCAGGGAACUUAUUUCAAAUGCAAGUGAUGCUUUAGAAAAGUUUCGGUAUGCUCACUUAUCAGAAAACAGUUCAUUAGAAGAAACUGAUAGACCUCUAGAGAUCAAAAUAGAAACAGAUAAACAAGGAAGAAUAUUGACAAUACAGGAUAGUGGAAUUGGAAUGACAAAAGAUGAACUUAUAUCAAAUUUAGGAGUAAUUGCUAGAUCUGGAUCCAAACAAUUUCUUCAACAACUGAAAGACAAAGAAGGAAGUGGUGACAAUAAUAUAAUUGGUCAGUUUGGUGUUGGUUUCUACAGUGCUUUCAUGGUUGCCGAUAAAGUGGAAGUUUAUUCAAGAGCUUCAGGCAGUCCUGGUUAUAAAUGGAGUUCAGAUGGAUCUGGAACAUAUGAAAUUCAGCCUGUAGAAGGUGUCAAUUUGGGUACAAAGAUCGUUCUUUACCUAAAAACUGAGUGCAGGGAAUUUUCUGAUGAAGAAACAGUAAAAAAUGUCAUCAAAAAGUACAGCAAUUUCAUUGGGAGUCCAAUAGUUUUAAAUGGGGAAAAAGCUAAUACUGUUGAGCCUUUGUGGUUGCAGAACCCAAAAGAUGUUCCAAUAGAAAAACAUCAAGAGUUUUAUAGAUAUAUAAGUGGCAGUUACGACUUGCCUAGAUUUGUUUUGCAUUAUAAGGCUGAUGUUCCUCUAUCUAUCAGGGCUCUUUUAUAUUUUCCAGAAGGAAAACCAGGACUAUUUGAAAUGUCGAGAGAAACAGAGACUGGUUUAGCACUUUACACACGCAAAGUACUCAUAAAAAGCAAAACAAAUAAUAUUCUUCCAAAAUGGUUAAGAUUUGUUAAAGGUGUUGUCGAUUCUGAAGAUAUUCCUUUGAAUUUGAGCAGAGAACUUCUUCAAAACAGCGCCCUCAUAAGGAAACUUCAAACUGUAUUGACUGGCAGAGUCAUCAAAUAUUUGCAAGAGCAACAGAGUAAAAAACCGGAAGAGUAUGAGAAGUUCUUUAGUGAUUACGGUAUCUUCAUCAAAGAAGGUAUAAUAACGAAUCACGACCAACUGGAAAAGGAAGAAGCUGCUAAGCUCCUUCUCUUCGAGUCUUCUCAACUUGCCGACGGAAAGAAAUGCAGUUUGAAUGACUACAUCACAAGAACCAAAGAAGAGAAGACGAUAUUUUAUCUUGCUGCUCCUAGCCGGGCCUUAGCAGAAGCAUCUCCAUACUAUGAGUCUCUCAAGAAAAAACAGCAGGAAGUUCUGUUCUGUUUUGAGCCAUAUGACGAGCUGGUACUCAUGCAGCUCCAACAGUUCAGGGGUUACAAACUGAUAUCGGUAGAAAAAGAUAUGAGAGACGACAAAGAAGCCAGUGAUCUUACAAAUUUGGGUGAAGACAGUUUGAAGAGAAGUGAAAUCAACGAAUUGUCCGAUUGGAUCAAAGGGAAGUUAUCGGGGAAGGCCACAAACGUAAAUGCAACCACUCGUCUAGAGAAUCAUCCUUGCGUGGUUACAGUUGAGGAGAUGGCAGCAGCAAGACAUUUCAUUAGGACACAAAGUCAUCAACUAUCAGAUGAUAGAAGAUAUGCCAUUUUACAGCCACGAUUGGAAAUAAACCCAAGGCAUACAAUAAUCAAGAAGUUGUACAAGUUGACGAAGGAAAAUCCAAAAUUGGCCGAACUUUUAGUAAAACAACUUUUCAUCAACUCAAUGGUAGGAGCUGGUUUGGUGGAAGAUCCAAGGGUACUUUUGGUGUCGAUGAAUGAUCUAUUAGAGCAAGUUCUGGAGAAGCAUUAAUUCAACGUAUUUUGUACAUAGUUUUUUUUCAAUAAAAGAAUCAAACAAAAA